AUGCAAUUAGUAAGAUUGCCAACAAAAGCACAUACACCAAGAAAUGUGCCAUUAAGAUCUCCAGAAAAAACCAAUACGAUAACUCUUUAAUUUCCAAAUUACAUAUUCUUAGGUCCAAUGGAUAAUAUAAAAAUAGUAAAAUUUACAAAAAGCAUUUCAUCAUCAAGUAUUAAACAAAUAAGAUAAAAAUCUCCUUGCAAAGAUUAAAACAUGAGUUUUGUGAAAAAAAUUGGUGAGAUAAAACCAAAGCAUUAAAAAACAUCUAGUGUUUAAAUAAUAACAUAAAGCCCUGAUCUUUUUGUUAAAUAGUAAUCUCAAAACAGUACUAUAUAUAGUAACAUAACAGCUUUGUAAACAUUCUCAACCAAACAUAAACAUCAUCGAUCUGAAUUGACUCAAGAUACAUGCAGUGAGUAACCAAGCACUCCUACUUUAACAGUUCCAAUCUUAAAAUAUGUUGAAUUCUCUAGUAAUCUUUCACCUGGACAGGGGCUCUGUAAAUCCAAUAAAUUAAGAGCCUAGAUUUUAUUUUAGAAUGGUUUGUUUUAUGAAGGUGAAAUAGUCAAACAUUCAGAUAUAAUCUCAUUAGAAGGUUUUGGAACACUUUAUACAGACAACUCCAAAUUUUAUAUUGUAUAUGAGGGAAGAUGGAAAAACAAUUGCUUUCAUGGAAAGGGCAAAUACUAUAAUUAAUAUUAGAUCGAAUCUUCAAGUGAUUGGCAUUUCAAUUGGAAGAUGAUAUAAGGUAUAUAUUUAUUCGAUACUUUAUAGCAAUAUUCAGUAAGGGAGAGAUUAUUGAAGGCAAAAUCGAUUUCUAUCAGAAUGAAAAUGUAAUUGCUCAUUAAAUUGAAUAUUCAAAAUGA